CACGAUUUCCACAACUUUUCUACAAACGAUGACCUCGAAACGGAAGCUGCUCAGGGGCGUUGCUCCCGCGCUCAUCACGCCGUUCCUGCCUUCUGGCGAAGGCGUGGACACAGACGCUGUGAGGGCACUCGUCAAGUUCCACCUUGAUGCGGGCGUGCAUGGUUUCUAUCUCUGCGGGUCAACUGGCGAGGGUCUACAAUCCAGUGUUCAGGAACGCAAGACAAUGGUUGAGACAGUGAUGGCGGCCAUGGAAGAGUGUGGCAAGAAGAUCCCAGUCAUCGUCAUGGUGGGCGCUGCAGAUGUUGCGGACGCAAUUGUGCUAGCCAAGCACGCACAGGACGUCGGGGCUGACGCCGUGUCUUCCGUGGUGCCUGUUGACAAACCCAACGAUCUGGGCGCUGCUGUUGAGUACUGGACGCAGAUUGGGCAGGCAACGUCCCUGCCGCUCUACGUGUACUGGAUCGCCAAGACUGCUGACCGUACCGCCACUGCUGCUUCUUUUCUCAAAGCAAUGGCGGCUGUCCCAAACUUUGCUGGCAUCAAGUUCACAGAUACCAACUUUUUCAUGUUUGAACAGCUGGUCACAAAGUCCCAAGGCAAUCUCAACGCCGUCACAGGACCAGACGAAAUGAUGGGAGCAGGGCUGUUUAUGGGAUCGGACGGCGCGAUUGGAAGCACAUACAACAUCCAUCCGAAGCUGGCCGUGCGCCUGUACACCGCGUUUCGACAGGGAAACCUGCAGGAAGCGAUGGAGAUGCAGCGAGAGAUGAACAAGACCAUCGCCGUGCUACUGGAACAUUGCCGUUGUUCAGAGAAGGGAACGAACAUCAUUGCAGGGAUCAAGUGCAUCUAUCGAAGGAAAUACGGUUUGCAUGUUGGAACCGCAAAGCCCACCUCCGCCCUCCUCCUCUCAGAGGAGCAAGAGCUCGCCCUUAUGCAGGCACUGGAGGGCUGCCAUGUGGAGUGACCGCGAAUGCUUGCGCUUGUCUGGGUGCGUGUGACUGUGCGGUUUUGUGCAAGACACAUGUACAAACAAACAUCAAAAACUUGGUUGAUCGCUUUAACUUGAAUGCGGGGGCUAGAGAGGGAC